AUGCAUGACACGGUGAAUGGGAAGCCAGAAACGGCCGCUUUUGACGCCGUUUUAAUCCGCUCGCUCACAGUGGCCGGUCUUGGCGUCACGUGUACCAAAGCCCACGGCCGGCCUAUUUACUGCCACCCAUGCUUCGUGUUGGUCGUGGUGCCUGGACCCAUUGAUCGACCGAUAUCCAUUCGUGCCGCAGCCACCGCAGCGACCCAUCCAUCAGAAAGGUUCUUAACAUUGAAACAAAAUGCUGACCUGAUAUUAGGUUUUCCAUAUGACUUGUAUGGGACGCAGUCCCAAAAGCGACAGUGGCCCCAGGCUGCUGCUGCUAGGAUUUUCUUGCAAGAGAAUUACUCGUUUCUUAUCGGUGAGUACAUCUUCAAUGCACCUUCUUUCAAACGCAAUUCGCUUGACUGGGUUCUAUGCAUUAGCGCUGUCGAGACCACGAGUGGAGUUAUCCCAACAUUGCAGCGGAGCCAUGCCCAGGCAGGCUUCGGUAAUACUGACACGCUUGCGCUCUCAACCAGAGACACCGCGGAUGAAAUCGUUUCCGACGAUGGUGUCCUUAGUGUGGGAGAUACCGAAGAUGGCCAUGAUGACGUCUCGCAUAUGUGUGGCGUACUAGUUCACUGUUGCUCUACCGAGAAGGUAUCGCGGUGCUCUGGCUCAUCAAGGUAA